UGUCCAUACGGAGAUAGAAGAUAUCAUACAACUCCAUGAGAUGAUGCACUCGCUCACUACUCGUACGGUAUCCGGAAUUAGGAACUGUAGGUCCGUGUAUUGCCUCUUCUGUCCCCGUCCGUAUCAUCGUCAUACCCAACUCGUAUCUCAACAACACCACCAUGACCACCAUCUGGCAUCAUUCAUCACAUUACUCCAUUCGCUACGGCCACUGCAAUAUCCAUUCCACGUCAAUUCCGUUCAACAAUUCCUAUCGCUCCAUUGCACGUCUCGCAAUGCCUGUCAAUUCUUCUUGGUAGUACAGUACAGCACAGUAUGUAUGUAGGUACCUACAUGUUACUACUCCAUUUUGCCUACCUUCGACAGCACUACAUGCCAUCGGCGGCAUCCGCUUCCACCCAUUCAAUGCGCAACGACAACAAUAGCAAUAUUAAUGCACUCUCAAUUGAUGCCAAUUCACCGGACACCUCGCUCUUCCUGCUCUUCCCCCAUCCGUCAUUUAUCAAGUAGUACUGCUGUCGUCAUGCCAUUGGGCUACUCGUACUCCACUGACCCCCAAUCUGUCCACACACGUGUCACGGUACUGCCUGAUGAUGCUCCCAGCAGUAUCCCUCUCAAAUCAUCUGCUCCUGCUCGUACAAUGAUACCUUCCACCCCCCAGUCCUCCCAUUCCUCUUCGGCCUCGUCCAGCCCAUCAUCCAUCAUUCAUCAUCCACCAUCUCUACCGGUGGAAGUGGGCUGAAUGGGUGAGGGGUACCACAGCUCCACCAGCCUCCACCGCUCCCGGGCGUCAUCCCGACCCAAAUCAGCCAUUACCCAUCCAGCCAGUUUGCUUGAUCGAUACAGAUUCCUUGCCUUAC